GAGUUUAAAGGACAGCUGCAAGGAGGAGUCUUUUUUAUUGUUCUUCAUGGUCUGGGCAUAUUGGUGUCACUGGUCCUGCAGGCAAUUCAUUUUGUCAAAGGGAGCACAAAGAAGUGAACACUGCUACUUGAAGAGACACAGCAGACCUUCCUGAAAGUUAUUCUGAAGAGGAGACAAAGGAACCCAAAGACAAUUUCACACAAUUGCAGAGCAAGUAGGACAACAUUUCCUAUCCAAGUGGAAAACUGCUCCUGGACUUGUGAUCUUCAAGUAUCCUACAAUGAAAAUGUAAGACUACUUCCUCCCAUCCCCUUCCAGUCAUCUUUGACACCCUGCUUCACGUACCUCCAACAUAUGAGGCUAGAUCCCAGCCCGCGCCCUGAGCGCAGCAUGCCCGCCCCGCUCCUGGUCCUGCUGCUUCUGCGCACCCUUCUGACUCGCCUGCUGCUGGUGGCUCGCCAGCGCCUCCUGCCGCUGCUCCGGCGCCUGGGGGCUCGCCUGACCUCUCAGCAGUCCCGGCAGGCCGUGCUCACCUGCCUGCUCUGCGUCCUCAACCUGCGCAAGAAGGUCGACGACUGAGAGCCCCUCGAGCGCCAAGUCAGAAGCAAGCGGCGGGGCGGCGGCACCCGACUUUGCCCGGCCGAGCCCCGCACCUGAGUGACCUGCCCUGUGACUUUUUGGAAGUGGCGCCCCAGAAGAGCACAGGACGUCCCCCUGUUGUGGCUGCGGCUGCAUGGACGGUUAGUUCUUCGUGUGCGAGCAAGGGGGCGCUCUGCCUUUCCUAGGGAGGGGGAGAAACCAGAGCGCUCUCUGCCACUGUAACCCUCCCAAGAAGAAGAUUUAAUUUCUGAUCUCAUUUCUCAGGAUCCACCCCCAGACAAGCACUUCCAGCUCAGUUCCCUCUGAAUUAUUUCCUUGUUUUUUCUUUCAAGCCAGGACCCAGCUCCUCUCACAGCUAGACCCAUGCUCCUGCUCUCUGCCUUUGUUUUCUGGUGGUCUUUAUGGAUGGGAAACCCUUCCACCUCUGCCCCCAGCACUUCCCAGAGUCCUGGAAUGGUGGCAGCGGUGUGACUUCUCCCAGCACCUGGAAACCAAGAAUGCGGGAAGUCCUUCCCUGUUGGACAGCACACUGCAGACUUAGUUGCUAAGAGAGAUACAGAUCACCCUUUCUUUAGACAAGGGUGAGACGGGACUGCUGAGGUGACAUCUGUGGGAUUCUGGCAGUCUCCCUUUUGGGGGCAUGUGCCUUUGCCUUGCAUUUUAGCGUCUACUGUGGGUUCUUCUUUCUCUUAUCUGUUAUCUCUCAGAGCCAGGGGAGUGGCUUAUCAAGACUGGUGACUCCGCAGUCUCCUGUGGACCCUGCAGGGCCCAUGAAAUAUGUCUGGCUGCACAGCAAAGAAGAUCCAGCCAUUCACCAUUAGCACCAAGCUUUCCUUACCAAAGUGUUCCUCGGACUUCACAGGCGACGGCUGCCCUGGCAUCCCUGUAGCUGCUCUGGAUAACCGUGUCCUGCACCAGAACCUCAAUGAGCAGGUUUCUCUCUAUUUGGCUCAGGCUUCCCCAGAGCCCAGUGAGGGUAGAUUCAACAGUGCAAGCCCAACUGAGGAUGGGGUCACCAAUGAAGACCGUGUCAAUCGCAACUCUCUGUCCCGCUCCAUCAAGAAGAUCACACUGUCUGACUGGGGACAACAUGGGGAAUCUUGUUUGAGUGAGGAAGGGGUGCUCAGGGACCCUGUUCAUGCCAGCUGUGAGAGGAACUUCAACAACAACAACUGCAGACCAGGGAAAGCACAGUUCAGGUUCAGCCCUUCUCCCAUCUCACUGAGUUCUGUCACUGGCAUGAAUGCAGGAUGUGCUACUUCAACUCCCUGGAGACAGAUUGUCAAGAGCACAGAGGAAAGUGAUGUAGUGGGACUGAAACCCUACAUCCAGAGCAACACCAGUCCAGCAAAUCUUUCUCAGGGGAGCCCUCUUGUAGCCCAGUUCAGCUGUGACGUAGUGCAGGCUGAGAAGUGGGUACAAAUGAAGCUCCAGGACUUGAAGGAUGGUUGCGGUAUUCAGGAAUGGGAUCGAGUUCCUCAGACUUUGCAAAGAGACAUGAAGAACUUUGAAAACACAAUAAUCAAACUAAACCAGAUGGGUGAGCAACUCCUAGUUCAGUCCACUCCCAGUGCAGAGACGAGGAGACAACUGCAGACUCUGCGAGAACAGUGGCAACUGCUGAAGCAGUUGGCAGAAAAUCAGAGCAAAGCAGCAGGUGGGCUGCGAAACCUACAAGAGUUCAACCACAAAGCUGAGCAACUGGAAGCUUGGAUCAGGCAGAAGGAAGAGAAACCUUUGCUAGCAGCUCUAUUGCAAGAGAAUGCAGACAAGAUCCAGCUCACCCGACGGAUCCUUGAUUUAAAACAGGAGGAGCAGCAAUUCCAGGUCCUGCAUGAGGAAAUGAAUAACCUGGCUCACAAACUUGAGAAACAAGGAAAGAGCGAAAGCAGGAACAUUGUGGCUCGGCGCAAACACAUCAAUAAAAUGUGGCUGCGUCUCCGAGGGACACUGAAGGAGCAUCAUGAGAUGCUGCAGCUGGCUCUGGAAGCAGCUACCUUCCUCCAGCAAGCAGAUGUGCUCCUGGAAGCCAUCCGUGCAAAGUGGAGGAGUCACUGUGGAGUGGGGAAGCAAAGGGAACCUGAGCCCAGCCUGGACCAAGAUAUUAGGGACAUUGCCAGCCAGGUCAUGAUGCUGGACAUCACUGUGUCCCAGCUCACUAGCCUGCACCCCAGCCUGAUAACAAGAGUCUCUCUCAAGCACCAAGAGGUCAAGGAGAUCUGGGCCCAGCUCCAGCAGCUGCUAAGAAAUGGAAGGCCCCCCUUAGUGGCCUUGACAAGACAUUCAACUGAUGCUUCAUGUCCUGAGACUACAAACCAUGCAGGGAGAGAAGCUGCAGAAAAACCAAGGAGAGUCUCAGGAUGGGAGGUGCAGAAGGAUGUCCUAGGAAGUGUGGCAGAACAUUCAAGAGGCCUGGAAGGCAAGCCAGCUUCAAGAGGAAGAGCGUCAAUUCACAAUGACAGCAAGAGGAGGAGGAAACUUCUCAAACAGCUGAACACAUUGAAGGACCCACCCCAGCAAAAAUCACACUUUCAUGGCUUCUACCAGCCUGCUGAUAUGGGGCUGCAACAGUUGCAGCAGACUGGCCAUAAGUGGAAUCCACAAAUAGAAGAUGCCCUCGAGGAGCUGGAGGAUCUUUGGGCAGAGCUGAGAAGACAACAUCAGGAGAAUGGUGUGGCCCUGAGGGAGACUGAUACAGCCCUGCGGCUGGUUGGGGAGUUAGAAGAGGCUGAAUGUUGGCUCGGAACUGUGACAGGCUUGAUCUCAGAGCCAACAGCAGCGAAGAGUCUUGAUAGCCUUCAUGACGACCUGCAGAAGAUUGACAGCCUAGAGAACCAGGUUAGGGCAUGGAGUAUUAAGCUGCGAGCCCUGCAGGAGGAAAUACAGAUGGAACCCUCCCCGGAACACACAGCAGUGACAAUGAUUCCAAGAAAAAUGGAAAGAGUGAAGGAAAAGUUCACCUGUGUACAAGAAGUCCUCCAACGUCGGGCAUCAGAGCUGCGUGAUUCCCUGGUUUUAACUGAGUUCUUACAGAAUGUGCAGCUGGAAGAGAUGCUAAGCCAGAGGAACACAAAACUGGCAGUGGCUAACCAGCGAGGCUUGCAGGAAUCUUUGCCCAUCCUCAUAGCCCACAGUGGGCAGCAGCUCAGCAGUAAGGACCUGUGCAGACCACUGGAGGAGCUCCAAGAAGCAGUAGAGAUGCUGAAUAAUGUGGUGAAAGAACGGGAGCGAGCUGUGGAGGCAGCAGUUCAGACAGAGGACCUGGAAUGCUUUGAACAGGCUUUGAAAGAUGGGGAGGAAACAAGGCUGUCCUGGAUUGCCUCCCAGAUGGAUACCUUGAGGGUCAAUGCAGAAGCCCUGGCUGAGGAUCUCAUCCAGGCAGAGAAAAGUUUUGCCACUGUGAAAAGUGAGCUGGAACUACUGGACCUGCAGGGCUUGUUGAGAAGGCAGCAAGAGAUUGAGAGUGAUAUAUCUGACCUGGAAGUGGAUCUGGAGAACCUGGAGAGAGAAGAUGCACAGCUGGAGGAGCCCUGCCUGGUUCGGAUGUGUGACAACUCCAAGGGGGUUCAAAAAAUACUGGAGGCUUGGAAGGAACUGCAAAAGCUGGUGUUGGAAAAUGCUGUCCGUGGACAGCAUGCUGUUCGUUUGCGACAAUUCUUCAGAGAUUAUUUGGCCAUUAUCUCCUGGACCGAAGACACCCGUGCUCAAAUCUUCUCAGAGAGUCUAAACAGUGCUCAUGGUCUACAAGAGAAUCGGUGGGAGGAGCUGGAGAGCAACAUUGAAACUAAGUUGAAGGAGUUUGAAGAGUUGGCAGCUGCAGGGUGGGAGCUGGUAGCUGAGGAGCAUGACCUCAGUGAGAUGAUAAAGGAGCGAAUGGAGGAGCUACAGAGCAUGUUAGGAUGGGUGAUGGUGCGUUGGCGAGCACAGAGUUCUCAGAAGGAACCUGGCACCAAUACUGGUGGCUGGAAGAGUCAAUAUGGCACUCAGAGUGUGCCCAAGAAUGAUCAGAUGAAAGUAGCCCCUGAAAUAGACAUGCCUGAUGCAGAUGGCAUCCCAAGACCCAGUGUCUCUGAAAGGCCUCCAUUCACAUCACUCUCCCUUGGAGAUGGGCAAGAGAGAAUACAUGACCCUGUUGCAGACUUUUCUAUUGACGAUGUUCUCCCAGUAUCUAAACAGAACUUGGAAGAAACAGUAAACUGCAUGCCCUCUGAGAAGGACACUCCCAAGGAAACACUGACCCUGAAACCAACAGAGAGUCCUGUGCUGCUGAUGCCAAAACAAAGUGCUGGCAAUUUGGGAGGCACAGUGAAUUUGAUCUUGAGCAUUGGCAAAAAAGGGGAGGUAAAGGCAGGAGUACCGGCAUCAACAAACCAAGUGAGAGUACCAGCAUCAGUGAAAGAGGAGGGCAAGCACAAGGUGAGCACCUGUUUGCAAGUGAAGGAGGACAGAGAUAAAAGAAUUACUUGUAGAAGCUCAAGCAUGGCACAAUUUGCUAAGCAAAUGACAACCAGAACUCCAUCUUCGCUGCUUCCCUGUCCAGGGUGGGGCACCACCACCUGCCACACUUGGCCAGAGAUCAGCAGCCACUCUCACUUGAGGAGCCUGAGCAGAAAAGGAAAAGGAACAAUGGAAGAUUCCCAGUUACUCGCCUUGCAAGGGAUCGUGGAAGCAGAUCUGAGUGAUCUACAGCCUGCCCAGGAGAAGAAGCUAAGUAGCACCUGGCCCCCUAAGUGCAGCAGAAAGGCACAGACCUUGCACUCACAUUGCCUACCACGCAGAAAGCUGAAAGACUACAUGAAGAAUUCACUGGCACGAGCUAUCAAUGCUGAGUGUGACUCAGUUGGGAAAGGAUCUGAAUGGUGUAUGUUUGUGAGAGAUAGCCAACGUCUUAGUAGCUUCCAGGCACUUCCAGAGAGGAUGGGCUUAUGCCAGCAUCUUUCACUAGGCUCCAUUCUGAGCCUGGAGCUCCCUAAAAAUCCCACUGCCUUGAAGAACAUCCGUGAUGCCAUCAGCGUAUCACAGGAGGGACUAGCAGAUAGAAAGGAAGCAAACUGGGCCAGUGGGAUGGCUCUGUGGAACACCAAUGGAGCAAAGUUACAGGAGAAUGAUACCAGCCUGCAGAAGAGAACACAAGAAGUACAGUCAGUCAGAUGUCAAAAGCCACUUGGGACAGGGGAUGUUUACCAUAAGUUCCCCAAGAAAGAAAGAGGCACCUGGUUUGAAGAGGUGAGUUGCAACCCGAGCUACAGCAAGCAGAAGGCUAAUUGCAUUGCUCCUUGCAAAGAGAACAGCCAAAGUCCCAAGAGUCAGAGCACUUACAGCGAUGAGUGUCUGAAUUUCAAGCAGAACCAGCUGUCCUGUAUCGGUGUGUUGCAUGAGCAGUUAGGCUGGGAAUGGGACAGGCGAGCUGUCAUACUGAAUACCAUUGGCAGCACCAGCAAGGGGUUGCAGGAAAAGGAGCCAACUGAGUACACAGGCAAAGUCGGAGAAUCAUCUAGAGUGAAAUUCAAGCCCUCCCCUGGUGCACAGAGAAGCAGUGUCAAUGCAGCUUCUAACACAACCAAAGUUAAGGACCCUGCAGCAAAUGUGAUGCCAAGUAAGGAAACUAGCCAGGGUGGGAUAGAAGGAAGUUGUGAAAGAAUCCCACCUUCACUGGACCACAAAGGAUUCAAAUCCCCAACUAAGACUCUGUUCGAAUAUGAACUUGGCUACCAAGAAGACAUCCCAGCAUCUUCAGGUCUAGACUUUUUAGUCCAGACUCCAGGACAAAACACAUCUGAAGGGCCAAAGCUGCCUGGCAGGGAAGAUGUUUGUCACCCUGCCCAUGAAUUGUUUGAAGAAGAAGAGGAGGAGCUGCAGACCAUAUGGAAUAAUGUGGAGAAGAACAAGAGAAGAGCAGGUGUCCAUGGUGACCCAGAGAGAAAGGUAGACAAGGGACAAAGCUCAGGUGGUUCUAGUGGAAAAGUCAUCCUGACAACAGCAGAUAAUGUGCUGGUGGCGAAGUUCAAGCUUCCUACCUCUGUGCAGCCACUUCAGGGGAAAAUGUCCAGUAAUGGGCUUAGUAAGAAGAGCCGUUCAAGUCAGUGUUGGACAUCUUUGCCCUCUUGCCCAGAGCCAUCUGAGAGGACAGAGGUUGCAUCCAUGGGAACAGUUCCAAACAUCUGCCCAGGGGACCAGCUGAAGCUCCAAGAAGAGAGCAGAGGGAUCAACAAGCUUCUACCCAGUAAACUGGAGCUUCAGAGGAUGGAAGGAACUCUGGAGAGGAAGCACCUGUUGCAGGCAGGAGGAAGAAAGGCAAAUUCUCGUUCCUGGAACACAUUCCAUACAGUGCUGAUGAGACAAACGUUGUGUUUCUAUCAAGAAAAGAAAGACACUCUCAAGCAGAGCUCCAUGGUAGCCUUACCAUUGAAUCUUUGUGGAGCCAUCUGCGCCCUGGAAACAGAGUACACCAAAAAGACCAACUGUUUCACACUGCAGUUGAAGGAUGGUUCCAAGUAUCUCCUUAGAGCUCUGACUGAACCACUCAUGAAAGAGUGGGUUACCAAACUGCAGCAAAAUUCAGGUUUACAUGAAAUGGAUUAUUUCCAGUCAGCUUCCCAAGCUAUCCAAAGGACAACCGCUGCUGUUAGUGUGAUUCCUGGCCUUGGACCCUCCCACUUUCUGGGCCUUCAUCAGCCCCUAACAAGGAAGAGCCAAGAGGAGUCCAAGUCAAGUGUCAGGCUGCAUCUGCCUGCUGAUACUCAGGAUGACCCACUAGAUUCAGCAUCAUCACUGUCAGGAAACAAUCAGGGAUCUGCAGCCUUUUAUACAGCAGAACAGAGUCCAAAGCUGUGUUCACCUGCUGAGUCUCCAAGGGCACAAGAUCCCAUUAUGUGUCAGGAAGAUGACUAUGGGCUUGUGACAAGCAAGAGGAGAUCCUAUUCCUUCACCUCAGCUACCUACCAGAAGAUUAGUCCGUUGUCAGUAACUAAAGAGCCCUUAGGGGUUGGCAGCAGCUAUUCAGUCACAUUGUACAUUGGAGAGCAGGCACCUGCUGUCCUCAGGCCUCGCUGCCAUUCCUUCAUGGCUGCUCUUGGUGGUGUCCAAGAGAAUCUAAGCGAGAGAAUCCAGGGCUCCUCGCCUCGCCAGAAGAACAAGUCUGUCUUCAGAAAGUUCUUUGGAAAGAAAGACUGAGAUUCUGGCUCACUGCUUUCAACCUGGAAAUGGGAUAUGUGAUUCUACACAAGCACUAGGCCUGAUUGCGACCAGUGAUCACUCUAGAGAUUGCUCUUUCCAGAGAGAAUAGAAAGAGGAGAGAGGCUCUGGUCAAGGGGAGAGAGGCUCUGAUCAAUGAAACAGUCCAUUAGACCUCAGGCAUUUGCUUAAACUAAUCCCUGUUUAUAAAGCUUGAGGGAAUACUGUGCUGAGGUAGAGAACAUCAACCAAUGGGAUCAGAGGCCCAUAGAAAAACACAUCAGUCAUUUUGCAGAAGGGUGGUAUAAUACAAGCUUCUAGGUCCUUUCUCCAUGUAUGCCUGCGUCCUGGCACAUAUGCAUUACUACUGUAUUUUAAUUCCAGUGGUAGGGGUGGGGAGUCAUGUUGUUUCACUUCCUUCCUAACAAAUGUUUGCAUGAUUUGUGAUAGAAUCAACAAGGAAAUUGUUUCCUUAAGCCCAGUUAUCUAAGAAUUGCCAAGUUUUUUAAUUUGCUAUCACUCCUAUGCCUAUAGCAGUAUUGCGAUCAGCCAACAUUUGGCAAAUGAUAAUGCUUAUCUUUAUUCCAUGUGCCAUUUCCUGAUUUUUGCAGAUCGGGCUCCCAUAAAAACAGAAUUUUUCCUUGUCAUUUGGAAACACUGCUCUGCUGUGCACUCUCCCGAUGCACCCUGGGUAACUGUGUGUUGGAAAGAUCAGCACUGUACAAAUGUAAAGUUAACAUAUAUCUGACCCAAAGAGAGCUGAAGGCUGGUGAAGAGACUAGGAAAUAAUGCCUUUAGCGCCCUAAUUAAAACAAUUAUGCCCCUACCUGUAAUGUACAGAAAUACAAAUGGAGCAUUCACUCUGAUUAAAGGGACCUCAUGUUCAUUCUGCUUUUCUUUCUGUCUGCACUAUAAUGCCAAGUGCAGGAGCAAGUAUGGCUUGUUUAGUUGCCAGCUGCAUCGCUUACAGAAAGAUUAACAUCACAUUAAAACACUCAUUGCUGCCUGUGUGGUUUCAUUCAAAGUGCGUUAGAAUUAAUUAAUUUUCAAAGUGAAAAACUAUGACUCUUAGUGAAUCAGUACAAGGAACAUUUGCAGUUUGGUUCAAAGAACAGAAAUCCUUAGACGAGAAAGUGCUUUAUAGGGGAGAUGUAUGCGGAAGGCUAUAAGCAGAGAGAGCUCAGAACAUAGUCUGUGCUGGUACCUGAGGGCCAAAUAUGAGAAUGGGGGACAGAAAUGGCAACCAUUUAACUCUUUGUGUGCUCAUUAAUUCUUCCCUUUAAAUACAGCUUCCAAGUUCCAACCCCCUGUUGCCUCCAUUUAUUUCCAGUGUUGGAGGAUAAGGAUUUUAAAAGCUUUGGGCACCUGCAGGGGAAGCGUAAAAGGCAGGGCACCACUCCCCCUUCACUUCUUGCCUGUUAACAUUCUUCUGAACUGUCAAUAAUAUUUUGAGGCUUUUGAGGUUUGCAUUUGCCUCAAGAUAUGAAGUUCCACUACCAGUCACUUCUCAAAUGAAAAGAGAGGAAAAAUUUCCCACAGCAUUCCAGUAUUGGCCCAGUACAGGCACUUGGUUUAACACUGACAACAAAGUAAAUGAGGGCCACACCACCUAAAAUGAGGGCCAGGCUAGUCAUUAUGAUGCUAUUUUAGAGAAGAAUUUGGCCAUUUAAAAAGUGCCACAGGGACCCAAUCACCUGCAGUGCGGUGAGACCAGGCAAACUUGUUUUUUCCCUGCAUGCUUUUCAAGGGCCAAAAUACGCAUUUCAGCACCUGAAAAGCACAUGGGGGAAAAACGAUAUUGCCUGAUCCUGAUGUGCUGCAGGUGAUCAGGCACUUUUUAAGUAGCCAAAUUCUUCUCUCAAAAGGCAUAGGGGGGCAUGGGUCAGACCCAUGAUUGCCAUAACAUCUAGUUUGGCUCUGAGAGCAAGUGAAAAGGAAUGCAGGCUAACCCUAGGGCCCAGACCUGAUGAAGGCUGGCAUUGCUUAUUUCUUCUUGCUGGGUCAAGUACAUCACAGCACUGUCAUUCUAGUGAUCUGUUUCACACAAGUCAAAAUUUCCAAUAUUAUUUAUUGUUAUUUAUUUACAAAAUUUGUAUGCCACCUUUCUGACAGACUAUAACUUUUCUGUAGAAAAUAGUGUGAAUCUUGCAUGUAGUUGGUUAUAUGCUUGAACAUUCCUGUAUCUGUGGUAAAAAUAGAUUUCUCUGUAUGCUA